GGAAAUAACUGCAUAACAUAAAUACUCGCUCCUACAUAGGGUAUGCGCACAAACCACGGUAUCCAACCUCUUUCAUGUAAAUAAACAUAAUCAUCGAUGAUUGGCCUAUCGAUCACCACUCAUUACACCUACCAAUUCUUUAUUAAUAUUUCUGCAAGUGGAUUGAUGCCGAUUUGGACCCUCAACUGAACAAUCUAGUCAUAAAUGGAUGAUGGUAGGUCCGCACAAAACGGGGUUGUAGUCAAUCCUCGCAAAGAUACGAGGGCCUGUGAUUUUAUCUACUCUUUCUAAAUUUCGACAGAUAAAAUUGGUAAACACAGUCAUUAAUACUGUCAAUGCAUAUUAGUGAGAUUCCACAUCAACACUCCAUAUUUACCCUACGCAUGUGCAGUUUUAUGUGUCAGUAAUUAUUACUAAUACUUACUGCCAACUUAUCAAAUCGAGUACACAAAUUCAAAUAUUCAACUUUGUUAAUGUCUUUUCUUCAAUCUGUCUGUAUUAUGUUUCAGUACAUUUGGCUUACAUCUAUCGGUAGAGUAUUGGAUACUCCCUGUAUUGGCACAAUGGCUUCCAAACUGCAGUCCUACUUUAAAGACGCCAUCAAGGUUAUCUAAACGUGUGACCAGAUGCAUUUUCUAUUUGUGUUGACUGCAGGAGGCCAAUAACGUGUACGACAUGUUUCACACUCGGAUGAUGUUACACCGACGAGCCUACCAGCACGAAGUUAAAAUUGGAGUGGAGCUCAUGUAUGUACAGCUACACAUUCUACGGUAUUGAAAGACUAUAUGAAACAACGAGAACGUAGGAGACCUCAUCGAAUACACACUCACGAUAUAACUGUUUGUGCAUUUAACUCGUUUCUCAAAAGCAAAACAGGAGAACCUUAUAAAUCGUAGCUGUAUUCUAAAUAUACUGAUUGUGCAUUUUCAGGAUUGUCGAUACACUCCAGAAGGUUGACAACAUCGUAUGGAUACCGGGAAGGGAUGGUGUAGGCCUAAAAAUAUCCCAAUGUAUUGAUGAUAUGGUGGCCUACUCCAAGCUGAAUGACAGCAUCCUUCAAGUCGUGGAGCUUCCUUUAACUCUGGAAACAAGUCAAUCCCCCAAACAAAUGCAAGAUACCGUCCCAGAAGACCUGAAAACAGCAAGAGGCAUACUGAAAAGACUCCAGUCAAGAGACUUGUACAAGUGUGUUGGCAAUUGCAUUCUAUCACCUGAGGAAGAUGUGCUGGACAUUGAACAGACAAAGAAGAAAAUCACAGAGGAAGUAAAAGAGCACUUCAAAGAAGAAGACUUUGAAACUCUGGACAUUGAACAGACAAAUGAGGAAAUCACAGAGGAAGUAAAGAAGAACCUCAAUGAAAAAUACUUUGAAAUUGUUGUGAUGUCUUUCGAUUAUGGAAAGAAGAAAAAGGACCCAGUAAGCGAUGUCUGGUUUUAUAGAAAAGAAAACGUGGACGAGGCCAUCAACCUCCCGCAGAAAAAGAUAUCCCAGAUGCUUCCUCAAAACUUUCAAGAACGUACAGUGGUUAUCUACUCAAAGGAGAAAACAUUCGAGAAAGCUAUUGCCCGCAGUUUCAAACGAAGAUUUCCUGAUGCCGAGAUCCCAGGGAACUAUGAUGAUGAACCAGCAGCUUCACAAGGCUAAAGAGGAGGUGCCGGUGUACAUAAAGCUUAUGUGUGACAGAGAUAACCCACGACCUUCGAAUGUAUCAUUAUUACAAUCUCUACACAUAUGAUCGAAUAGAUGGCAGAUAAAACUGUUCAUUUAGAGGUCAGUUGGUUUGCUCCAGGGUUUAUAAACGUAUCUUGAAAAUCUAACAGUUUUACAUCCUUCGUGCAUUUUCUGUGUUUUGUAAAGACGAUAUUCCAUGAAAUGUCUACACUAAGUUCAUUCUGCCAUUUUAGACAAGAGCGCGACACUAACAAUUGUUUUGUCAUAGUAAUUUCUACUUCCGUUCUUUAGAGAAAGAAGAUCUUGAAGAGGUGCGUUUAAUGGGAGACUUUGAUUGUUAGCUGAAUUGGAAAAUAGGGUGGUUUUCCAUGUUUGGGGGAUAUUAAGCAUAAUUCUAUUGUACCCUAAAACUUUCCAUUACUGUGAUUCAGAUUCUUUAAUUCAUUAAAAGACACAAAAAACAAAACAAACAACAUUAUCACCCCUGAUAUCUGUUAUUGUGUAUAUACCUUUUUUAAACCAAAAAAAGAAACUACUAGCUAUUUCUAAACUGGUGAUUCAACCACAAAGGUUCAGCCAAUAUUUCUUCUGUUUGACAGGUUUGUACUGCUUGUUGUUUAUAAUAUGUAUCCCCUGCAGCUAAAAGAUAAUUUUAAUGCAUUUAUGAAGGAUCUAAUAUGUAUCAGUCUUAGUCCACCUUCUUCAUACUCUUUACAUAUUGUUGUUCUCUUUAGUCUAACCUUCUUAUAAUCCCACAGAAAUUCUUUAGGGGUAAUGGUAAUACAGAAGAAAACAUAUGUACUAAAGUUGAUAUUGCCAGUGUUUCUAAGACUGUAGUUAUUGCCAGUAUUUCUAAGACUAUAAUUUUCCAUUGUUGAUUGCUUUUUUUCUAGUAUUGAUUACCCAUACAUUUUCCAAAUUAGGGUUGAGAUAUAUACCAAGGAUGUUAAAGUCACGUUCAUGCCAGUCUAAACUACUUUCUGGGUAAAAUUUCACUUUGCUUUCAGUCACUGAAGGGGGUUUAUGUGAUUUUCCCAGUCUUUGGCCGCUGUACUAAGCAGUAGUAUACUCAUUAGAAUAUCAGUAGAAAUGUAAAUUAUAUGACACUGUUGGCUAAUUAAAUGUAAAAACUUCUACGACGAGAUUAUUUCUCUGUUUCCUUGUUUUCGUGUUAUUUGGCAAUACAUUGCAUAUUUUAUUUCACAAGGAGUACGAUGGGUAACUGAAAUUAAUCUGCCAAUUUUAUGUGAAUUUACAUCGUUUCAAACCUGUCUGAGGCAGGGAUGUAUUACCUGACAGAAUCUGAUUCCAAAAUUGAUAUGAAGUUUAUGUCCUAAUCUCAUUUCUGUAAACAAACUUACGGAUUAACUAACUUCUGGUCAGAUUUCCAAACUCCUACAUUACUAGGUAUUAAGUAUGUUGCAGCAUAUGAUGACCAGCAAAUGACAUCAUUGCUUUCCUUGCUUUGAUGAGUUUCAAUUUCAAAGAGUAUUUCAAUUUAUAAGUUGAGACUAGUACGGAAAACCUAGUAGCGUUAUCGCAGACCAUUCUCUGAUAGUGUUUAUGUUUUUGUACAAGUCUCCAUUCAUCCCAGUGUACGAAGAUACUGACGGCGUGCAUGACGUGUACUCCUCAUUGCCCCAAUGUCCCUAAUGCCCCUACAGUCUUUAGAAGAUCAAAUGAUCCAGUAUGUAACUGCAAGAACCAAAGUGAAGUGAUAUCAAAAAGAUUUACAUAUACAUACACUACUGCCUAAAAGAGGAUUUCCUUGAGGAACGGAAACUCCUCACACAAAUAACCAUGGGGGUGACCCUUUCUACAAUAGGUACAAUGUGUGAAGCCAAUUUCUGGAAUAUUGCUGAAAGCGGCGUAAAACCAUAUUCACUCACUUGCUCACUUUCUGCAAUGCUACCUGUACAAUGAUUAGUACAUUCACUUACAUUGACCUUUUGUGUAUAGGAAUAACCGAUGCUCUCAUGGAGCUGUGGAACGUUACUGGUUAAAGGGAUACGAUAUGUUCUUGGUUGUUAAUUCUGAAAAGCAUUGCAAGUGGAUUUCAGAGUGAACGUAAUGCUGUCAAGACAGUUUUUGUUUAAAUACUUGGGGGUGGUAGUUGCCGUUGCUCUCCAACUCACUCUGCUUCUGCUUCAAUAUACACGGGCAGGUUGCUCCACGGCAACUGUAUCUACAUUAUGUAUAUUUCUUCUUUAAGGUGAAAACCCGUUUCAUUUAUGGUUAUAUAAAUAACAUGUGAUUCUUUAUGUUUAGUUUAUGUUCAAUGAAGGUAUUGACAGUGUGAACAUUUGAUAUUGUAUUUAUAACGUCAGCAAUACUCCGUUGUCUACAUAAACUAGGUAUAUUCAUAAUGAAGGCUCGAGUAAAGCACUCAGCAGUGAGAAGUGUGCUUUUGUACAAAAACUGUUGUAAAACUUGACGUUAGGGAAGCACACCAUUCAGUUAUGUGAACAAGAUAGUAUCAUGUUCUUUAGCAUAUCACGUUGUGUUUUUAUAUUAUAUUAUAUUAUUCUUUCUUUCUUUUUAUUGUAUUAUUCUUUUUAUUCCCUGCUUCUGUAAUAAACGUUGUAACACACAA